AUGGCCAUCAUUUAAUUAUUUUAAUGUUCUAUCUGUGAUAAUAGUGACUAGCCUAAUACACUAAAAAUGUGUACUGUUAUGUGUACUGUUACAAAAUUUAUUUAAUUGUUAUUUACUUAUAUCGUGUAGAAAUACCAAGUUUAGAAUUGUAUUUCAUAUAUUCAUAUUAUUAUAUUCUUAAAAUUCUUAGUUUCUGACUUUCUGUUCUAUUCUCGAUAUUUAGUGUCAGAAAUCAAUUCAAUGCAUGGAUGAUUACAAAAUAAUACAAAUUAUGACUUGGUAGAAACAGUAAAUACCUACCGGUCCUACCUAUAUGUAAUUGUAUUUAUGAUUAUAAUUUUUGGAAUGAAGAAGAAUGGCUACCAGAACAGAAGAUUUUGUUACAAUAGCAAGUAUUAUAAAACGCGAAAUUCAGAAACGCAAGAAACAAAAAAAAACCAAAAAUGAGUUGAUAAAUUGUAUUCUUAUAUCUAAUGCUUCAGCUGAAGAUGAAACAGAACUGAUAUUAUCAAAAAAAAAAAAGAAAAAAAAAAAAGAAGGCAAAAAAAAGGUACAAAAUAAUAAAAAAUUAAAAAACGAUAAAUCUAUAUUGACGAUACAAAAGCAUUGUACUGAGACCUGUGAUGACAACGACAAGCAUUUGAUUAAAAACAAAACAGGGUAUUCUAAUUUAAGCAAAGAUGAAUUCACAAAAAAGAUUCCUAUUGCCAAUACUUCAGAAGGCGACUCUUUAUUUAAAAAAAAAAAGAAGAAAAAGAAGCGAGAUAAAAUAAUGGUGCCAAAUGUUAAUAAUUUCGAAAACGAUAUAGCUACAUUGAGAGUAGAGAAGUUUUAUACUGAGACCUGUGAUGGCAAUUACAAACAUUUGAUUAAAGACAAAACAGGGUAUUCAAAUUUAAGCAAAGAUGAAUUCCCAAGAAAUAUUCCUAUUGCUAAUACUUCAGAAGGCACCUCUUUAUUUAAAAAAAAGAAGAAGAAAAAGAAGCGAGAUAAAAUAAUGGUACAAAAAGAUAAAUAUUUGAAAAAGGAUAAAAGUACAUUGAAAGUAGAACAAUUGUAUAAUGAUACCUGUGAUGACAAUGACAAGCAUUUGUAUAAAGACGAAACAAUGGACUAUAAUUUCAACAAAGAUGAAUUGAUAAGAAGGAUUUCCAUUGCUAAUGCUUCAGAAGAUGUCUUGUUAUUUAAAAAAAAGAAGAAGAAAAAGAAGCGAGAUAAAAUUAUGGUACAAAAAGAUAUAUAUUUGAAAAACGAUAAAAGUUCAUUGAAAGUAGAACAAUUGUAUAAUGAUACCUGUGAUGACAAUGUCCAGUAUUUAAAUAAAAUCAAUUUAAGUGCUUCCAAUUUAAAAAAAGACAAUUCAACAAUAAGUAUUCAAAUUGCAAAUGCUUCAGAACAUGAUGAAGAAUUGACAUUGUUUUUAAGUCCAUUAAAAAAGUCCAAGUUAAAGAAGAAAAAAUCUAAGAUGGCAAUAAAAGAAGAUACUGAGUUGUCAAAAUAUGAAUCUAUACAAAGAAAUAUUAAAAAUAUGGAAGACCUGAAAAAAUAUAUAUCUGAAGAGCAGUCAAAUGAGAUUCACAAUGAUCCUGCCAUGAUUAACACUCCUUAUAAUUCGAGAAUUUCAAAAGUCCAAAAAGAGGAGUACCCUGAUUUAUUUCAAAAAUUAUUCAAGAACAAAAAGAAAGAUAAGAAAAAAUCUUUUAAGGCCGAUAAGAAAUAUUCGAAAAACGAUUCCCUUCAAUCAGUAGACAUGUAUAUGGAGACAUAUUAUGAUAGUAAUAAUUCUAUUGACGAUGACGGCGAAAAGAAAUUGGAAUUGUUUGAUUCUUUGGACGAUCACACGUUGGAAUAUCGAACUAUGACCGACACAGGUAUGUAUUAUGGCCAAUAUUGUAAUCAAACAUUUAACAACGCCAACGGUCUACACAGUCACGAAAAUGUUCUCACUGGAAACACUCCUCUUCAGUGCGAUGUUUGUUUUAAAACGGUUAGUUGUAAAUCUAAAUUGCAUAUGCAUAAAAGAACGCACACUGGGGAGAAACCAUAUGCUUGCAACGUUUGUGCAAAUUCAUUUUCAAGGAAAGAAACUCUGGUUGUACAUAAAAGAACGCACACCGGGGAGAAACCAUAUGCUUGCAAUAUUUGUGGCAAGUCAUUUAUGGCGCAAAGAAAUUUGGUUAGACAUAAAAGAACGCACACCGGGGAGAAACCAUAUGCUUGCAAUGUUUGUGGCCAGUCAUUUUUGGAGCAAGGAAGUUUGGUUAGACAUAAAAGAACGCACACCGGGGAGAAACCAUAUGCUUGCAACGUUUGUGCAAAUUCAUUUUCGCAGCAAGCACAUUUGAUUUCACAUAAAAGAACGCACACUGGGGAAAAACCAUAUGCGUGUGACGUUUGUGCAAAUUCAUUUUCAAGGAAAGAACAUCUGGUUGUACAUAAAAGAACGCACACCGGGGAGAAACCAUAUGCUUGCAAUAUUUGUGGCAAGUCAUUUAUGGCGCAAAGAAAUUUGGUUAGACAUAAAGGAACGCACACCGGGGAGAAACCAUAUGCUUGCAAUGUUUGUGGCCAAUCAUUUUUGGAGCAAGGAAGUUUGGUUAGACAUAAAAGAACGCACACCGGGGAGAAACCAUAUGCUUGCAACGUUUGUGCAAAUUCAUUUUCGCGGCAAGCACAUUUGAUUUCACAUAAAAGAACGCACACUGGGGAAAAACCAUAUGCGUGUGACGUUUGUGGGAAUUCAUUUUCGCACAAAGACACUCUGGUUAUACAUAAAAGAACGCACACCGGGGAGAAACCAUAUGCUUGCAACGUUUGUGGCCGACUUUUUUCUGCUAAAUCAGCUUUAGUUGUACAUUGUAGAAUACACACAGGUGAAAGACCAUACGAGUGCGGCUAUUGUGAAAAAAAGUUCACAGCAGGCGGUGAACGUACAAGACAUAUACGAAGAGUUCAUAACAAAUGUUUUUAAACUCUUUAUGAACGUUUGAAUUCGUCUGCUUGGGCUUUCGGAACGAACAAGAAACAAAACCAUAUAUAGUUCUCACUCUCAACGACGAUUGUCCGUUGUGAAUAAAACCUUGUAUACAGCUGUAUAGUAGCUGCGGUGCACACUGGUGUCUGACGUUAUAGUGUUAUACUUUCAUCGAUCGUCCUCGAAAUUGGUCGGACCAGGAAGCAUAUAAGCAUUCUGGGGUCGGUUUCGGCACCUGUGUUUAACUACGCACUCUCAUUGGUCAAUUUUAAAUUACCGCCAAGUUUAAUAUCGCAUAUUAUAUAAAUUGUUACUUCGAAUUUGAAAAGGCGCGUAAUUAGAAUUAAUCUAUGCAUACGUUGCAUGCGUACUUAUUAUCAAAUGGGUUUCUAAUUCCACACCAUGAACCUAAUUCUUCUUAGUUCAUGGUCCACACAAAUAUAAAAAGAUGGUUUGAUCUGAAAGAUAAGAUAAAUUAUUACAUACUAUAAUAUGAAUAUAAUAUUAUGUACCUACUUUCAUAUUAUAUUAAUAUAGUAUGUAAUAAAUAAUAAUAGUAUUAAAAUAAAGUAAAUGAUUGUAAUAUAAAAUAUAACUAGAAUUAGACAGUAGACAGUGUACAGGUGAGUAGUUAUUAUAUCCUCCUGAGGCCCAACGUCCAUUAUAAUGGACAAUUAUUAUUACUGUUUUAGCGCCCAAGCUUAAUUUUGUUUUUGUAUUUUUAUAAACCCGUUGUCCAUUACAGUGGACAUUUUCUCUUAUCACCACAAAAGCCCGCCAAUUUUUUUUUGCUUAUCUUAUACUUCUGUCAAUAUAACCUUAAACUAGUGAUAAUUUGGGAGGAUAAACAUGACGUGUUUGAUAAUUUUUAUCUGUUACCAUUUCAGCAAGCUGUACAACUCACGAUUUAAGAUAUCUUAAAUCGUGGUACAACUCCAAAACACAGUAUCUGUAUUUUUCAUAAUUUGAUAUGAAAAUGAUUUUUGUAAAGUACGUCAGGCCGCCAACUUAACUUCAUCCUUAUGACUUGAAACUUCAUAUCGUUAUCAAGGAAAUACAUAGAAUUCAAUUUAAAUCGACAAAAUGGUAUUUUUAGCAGUUUCAUUAAGCUGUAAUUGUAGAUACUGUGUUUUGAAAUUUAUAGAAAAAUUUGAAAAUCCUAUCACAUUUAAUUGAAAACAGUAUGUGUAAAUUAUAUUUUUAUAUAAAAACUAAGGCCAUUUAGGGGGGUAUUUAAGAGGGGUGAUGGGUCAACCGUCUCCUCCUAGAUCUAUAUUUUGUAUUCAAUAUUUUGAAAAAUCAUAAAUCCUAUUUAUCAAUCGGCAAGAAGACGUGGCAUAGUGAAAAAUCGAGUCGCCCUAUUCCUCCUAGAAUGAAGUCUAAGUACUCCCCUAACUCCAAUGAACUAACAAAUAUUUAAAUUGUUUUUUAAGUGGAGUAUUUUCACAAACUUGUAUGAAAGUUAUCAAAAACCAAUAAACAGUUUUAUAUAAUAAUAACAACAAAAUAAUAUAAACAAAAUAAAUAAUAGUAAAACAUAAUAAAAUAAUUGUAAUACAAUUAAAAAAUUAAAACAAAUAUGUGUCACUUUCUUUAUUACAUAAAAGAUAUAAUUUGAAAAUACCUAGUCUUCAGGUAGAACAAUUUUUACAGUUUUAUAUAAUAAUAACAACAAAUAUAAAUAAAAUAAAUAAUAGUAAAACAUAAUAAAAUAAUCAUAAAGUACUAUUCAGUCUUUAUUAAGUCUUAUUCAUAAUCCGUUAUGAAAGCAUUACCAAGGUCCAUCUCAUCAACCAAAUCUUCUGAAGUGGCAGACACUGGAAGAUUUAUCUAAAAAUGUUUCCUGUUUUCUGGCAUUGCUGGAACAAGUUUGUCAAUGAUUCCUUUUUUUUUACUGAGGUUAAUUCCUCUAUGUUGAUCAAUUUUUUUAGGAGCAUAUUAUGUUUUAAUGCCUUUCAAAAAUUUUUUUUGUAUGAAGUCUAAAGUCUUUGGCUCUCCAUUAAAAUCUGUCCAGUAUUCCAUAGAAGUCGAUCCUCUUGUAAAUUUGGCCAUAACAACACUGUUAAUUUUAAAUCCAUACAAUGUAUCUGUUUUUACAUUGGUAGUCCUUUUUUUGUUUUGCCACUCAUAAAAAUCUUUCAAUUCUAAAAUAUUUAAAUUUUGUCGGCUUUGAGAAAUACAAUUCUUAAGGUCUUCAAAGUCAUAUAUAUGCCUUAUUUGUUUAAAUUUUUUUUCAAUGUUUCCAUGCACCCCAUCAGCAGUCAUAUGGGUAUGACCCUUAGUUAGGUAUUUCAUUGUUACUGAUUUUGUAUUUUGAAAUAAUGAAUUUGUUGAAUUUAAGUUACAUACCAAUGCAGUGUAUAAGGUCCAAUUUUUGUUCUGGCCAGUGCAAUUAUCAGCCCAGAAAAUAAAAUCUUGUACAUCUCUUUGGUUACUAAUUAAAGCCAAUAUUGAGUCAGUUACAUUUUCAGCUUUACGCCCAGCAAUGGCUUCAUGCCAAAG